CACUUUGGAACCACCUGUCACGAUUAAUCAGUCGAUUACUGCUCGUUCUCAGCUGUCUUUUUUCAUCGUCCCCCAGCGUAGCUCGUCAUUGCGUUAAUUCGGAGCCUAUUCUGAAUUAAUUGGACUGAUUGAGCAAAUCACAAUUGUUUGUAGACAGCGCAUUGUGAGGGUGGCAUGAGUUUCAAGUUUAACUAAUUUAUCGCAAAGGAAAAUCGGUGAAAUGAGUGAUCAGCAAAGUGAUCGGCCGAGUGAGCCGAUUACCACAGGAGAAGGAGCAGGGGAAGGUGAACCACUGGUGGCCGCGAACAAUCAGGCCGUUAACGCACAGCAGCAAGCACGACAGCCAACCAAGUUGGAAUCGUUUUUCGCAAUAACCAAAUCUUUGAUAUUGCGAGCACUGGUUAUAUACUUUAUUUCUUCGUUCUUCCGGAAACCUGCCACUGAUACGGCCAACACUCAGCCGGGCAAUGUUCCAGGGAAAAGCAAGGUUAUGGCUUGGAAUCUAUUCGAUAACGGGACCAUGUUCGAUUUACACGUAUAUAUUUCCGAGGACCCACUGUAUGUAGAUUUUAACGAUCCCAGCUCCCUCGUUUGGCUGCAGGAAGACCUGAUGUACGGGGACUGGUAUGGGGGUCGCAACGGUGAUGGCAUUUUUACUGUCAAUACUAAAAUUAGGGCUUCAGAACGCUUGAUGAACAACGGAUCUAUUUUUCUGCACACUUACGUGACUAAAGCAGGCAAAAGCCCCAAUCCGGCAGCCGGUGAUGAUUAUGCGGGGAAAUUCAUGGGAUCCGCGAGUGCGAUGUUGAGCAAGUACAAGAAAAUAAAACGGGUCAGGACGCACAAUUUGUUGGCCGGAGAGAAAGAGAAGUUCGAGAAAGAGUUGGAUAGCGCGCUGAUGGAGGACAAAAUAAUGGCACAUUGGCAUCCGAAUUUAACGAUAAAUUUGGUAACGGAUCAAACGAAUUGGGCACAAGGAACGGUGCCACCUCCGUUGGACGAGUUUAUCAAGUUCCUUCCGGGGGGCCAUACCUAUCUUCCGAUAGUGUUUUACAAUGAUUACUGGAAUAUGUUGCGGGAAUAUCAACCUAUUAAUAACACCACGCCAGAGCUGGAACUGAAUCUUUCAUAUCAACCAUUAUCACUCUUCAAAUGGCAACUUUACGCAGCCCAAACAAUGCGCAACAAAUGGACGAAUAACAUUUUCGGAGAAGCACUCACCGGAGGAUCCGAAUCCGACGAGGAUCAAGAUUCGCUCAAAGAAACCCUGCUGGAAACUAAUCCCUAUCUGUUGGGCAUCACGAUUGCCGUAUCGAUUUUUCACAGUAUUUUUGAAUUGCUCGCAUUUAAGAAUGACAUUCAGUUCUGGAACAAUCGUAAAUCUCUCGAAGGUCUCUCCGUGCGGUCGGUGUUUUUUAACGUGUUCCAAUCGCUGAUUGUGCUUCUGUAUGUGCUAGAUAAUGAGACCAAUUUCAUGAUCAAGAUCAGUUGUUUCGUCGGGCUGGGCAUUGAGGUGUGGAAGAUUCAGAAGGUUGUUAACAUAAAUAUCAACCGACAGGAUCUCGUGUUUGGCUUCCUGCCGCGUAUCAGCUUCUCGGAUAAGGGUUCCUACGUGGAAUCUAGCACCAAAGUGUACGAUAAUCUAGCCUUCAAAUAUCUAGGCUGGUUGUGCUUCCCGUUGCUGGUUGCCUAUGGCGUUUACUCGGUGCUCUACCAGGAACACAAGGGCUGGUAUUCGUUCGUGCUGAACAUGCUGUAUGGAUUCCUGCUCACGUUUGGAUUCAUCAUGAUGACACCUCAACUUUUCAUCAACUAUAAGAUGAAAUCGGUUGCCCAUCUGCCGUGGCGGAUGAUGACCUACAAAUUCCUGAACACUUUCAUCGACGACAUCUUUGCGUUCGUUAUCAAGAUGCCAACCAUGUAUCGGUUAGGAUGCUUCCGUGACGAUAUUGUCUUCUUCAUAUUCCUCUACCAACGCUGGAUCUACAAGGUGGACUCGAAGCGUAUCAAUGAGUUCGGUUUUUCGGCAGAAAUGCUCGAAGAACAGGAGGCCAAAACUAAGGCACCCGGGGGAGCGCUGAUGGAUGGUUCCGUCGCUCAGCCAUCGCCAGUCGUCGACGAAUCUGACGCAUCCAAGAGCGCACCAUCGUCACCGAAUGGGACCAAAAAGCGAAAGAACAAGAAAUCUUCGCCCCAGGCCAAAGCCACCAAGUCGGCCACGGAGAAAAAGGAUGAUUGAGGAGGCUGUCUGGUGUUGUUUGUUUUUUUUUAGAUUAAAGAUGAUCACCAGUAAAUUCCAUCGCGAUGGGAUUGGUAGGCAAUAAGGCGAGUGGUUUUUAGAGCAAAUGUAAUAGACUAAGGAAUAUUCGUGGCGUGUGGCUUUUCUUCAUUUGUAAGAUACUGAAGAGCGUAUACAAUAUUGUAAAAGCGUAUUGUUAUAUUUUAUCGUCUACUCAACGCUGCAUUCGCAACGACACACAAUACAUACCGGCAGAAGUUGUUUAGGAGCUUCUUAAUAAUUUAUUUGAUACGAUAAGCUGCAUUAAACAAAACCAAUCUCAACUGACUUGAACGCACGAUACCCGACCUGGACGAUCAAAACAACGGACCGACAUUAUCUUAUCCACUGUAGUUAAAAUGUAGGAAAUAUUGUGUAAUGUAGGACCGAUCCGGGAAUACAUAAUAGCGAAAAUAACUAUGAUGCCUAAUAUAA